CUUCAGCCACCCCUCCCUUGCACGCCGAUCGUGUAUUGCCACCAUAUGCACUCGGUCGAUGCAGCGCACCUUGAUGCCCCGCGAUUCGACGUCUUCACACAUAUCACUUUUGGUUGAGCUACUGACAAUCCCUCCUCAUUUAUAGCCGCCACUGUCCCUCCCUUGCUCCUCCGACAUGGAGGGCGCUUUCACCCACCUCGGAAACCACCUCGUUUCCGAUUCCGCGGCCGCCAUCAAGGCCGGCUCCGACGAUCUAUCAAACAUCGACCCAGACGAGGGCCUGCUCUACGGUGUUUAUGGAGGACGUGGCGCCCGCACCGGCCUGGGCAACGCCAGGCGCCGCCAGGAUGACGACGACAACGAGACCGAGGUCUUCGACGACGACGACGAGAGCUUGGCCAGUGUCCCCGUCGAUGGCAUGAAAGGCAUCAAAUUGAACGCCCCGGAGGAAGAGAAGGAGCUUCCCGCCCACGCUUGCGCGUACUGCGGCAUCCACUCCCCCGCCAGCGUCGUGAAAUGCCUUGCCUGCAACAAAUGGUUCUGCAGCGCCCGCGGCAACUCGAGCUCUUCCCACAUCGUCAACCACUUGGUACGGGCCCGCCAUAAGGAAGUCCAGCUUCACCCACAGUCCUCCCUGGGUGAUACGAUCCUCGAGUGCUACAACUGCGGUACCAAGAAUGUUUUUAUGCUUGGCUUCAUUCCGGCGAAAUCCGAUACUGUCGUGGUUCUCCUCUGCCGUCAGCCCUGUGCCGCAAGCACCUCGACCAAGGACAUGAGCUGGGACAUUUCGAGAUGGCAGCCACUCAUAGAAGACCGUUCCUUCUUGAACUGGCUCGUUCAGCCGCCCACCGAUACCGAGCAGCUCCGGGCGAGACAUCUUACCCCGCCGAUGAUCGCGAAACUCGAGGAAAUGUGGAAAGAAACCCCAGGUGCCACCGUGGCUGAUUUGGAGAAGAGCGCCGGCGUUGACGACGACCCGCAUCCCGUGCUCCUGAAAUACGACGAUCCCUACCACUACCAAAACAUCUUCGGCCCGCUUGUCAAGAUGGAGUCGGACUAUGACAAGAAGCUCAAAGAGGCGCAGUCCGAGGACAACCUGCAGGUUCGCUGGGACGUCGGGCUCAACAACAAGAAUGUGGCUAGCUUCAUCCUGCCCAAGAUCGAGUCGGGUGACGUCAAGCUGGCUGUGGGUGACGAGAUGAGGCUCAAGUACAAGGGCGAUCUCCGUAACCCGUGGGAAGGCGUGGGCUACGUGAUCAAGAUCCCCAACAACCAAUCGGACGAGGUCACGCUCGAGUUGCGGAAAUCGGGCAACGACAAGUUGGUCCCUACCGAUGUCGCCACAAACUUUUCGGCCGAUUACGUCUGGAAGGCCACGUCGUACGACCGGAUGCAGUUCGCCAUGAAGACGUUCGCCGUGGAUGAGAUGAGUCUCUCGGGCUACAUCUUCCACAAGCUGCUCGGGCACGAGGUCGCAGUGGCUCCGAUGAAGACGCAGAUGCCUAAGAAGUUCCACGUCGCGGGUUUGCCGGAGCUGAACCAUAGCCAGAUCACGGCCAUCAAGACGGUGCUUUCCAACCCGCUUAGUUUGAUCCAGGGUCCCCCGGGCACUGGAAAGACCGUCACGUCGGCGACCAUCAUCUACCAUCUAGCCAAGAUCAACAAUAGCCAGGUCUUGGUAUGUGCGCCAUCCAACGUCGCUGUUGAUCAACUGUGCGAGCGAAUCCACCGCACCGGCUUGAAGGUGGUCCGUCUGACGGCCAAGUCUCGCGAAGACGUCGAGUCGUCUGUCAGCUUUUUGGCCCUUCACGAACAGGUCCGCAUGAACGAUUCCAAUACGGAGCUCACCAAGCUUGCGCGUCUGAAGGCCGACCAAGGCGAAUUGUCGUCCCAGGAUGAAAAGAAGUUCAAGCAGCUGACUCGUGCUGCCGAGCGUGAGAUUCUCAAUAACGCGGAUGUCGUGUGCUGCACCUGUGUGGGCGCUGGCGAUCCGAGGCUUUCCAAGAUGAAGUUCCGGAACGUCCUGAUCGACGAGUCGACGCAAUCUGCCGAGCCAGAAUGCAUGAUCCCGCUCGUCCUGGGAUGCAAGCAGGUGGUGCUGGUUGGCGAUCACAAGCAGCUGGGCCCCGUCAUCAUGAACAAGAAAGCGGCCAAGGCCGGUCUGAAUCAGUCUCUGUUCGAGAGUUCCCAUCCAACAUGUUCUACGAUGGCUCGCUGCAGAACGGCGUCACGGUCAGCGAGCGGCUCAGGACGGAUGUCGACUUCCCCUGGCCGGUUGCCGAUAUGCCCAUGAUGUUCUGGUCAAAUCUUGGCAACGAGGAAAUCUCGGCCUCUGGCACGUCUU